UCACACAUACUUGUCGUGUGUGGGCGCCUUAACAGCUGUCGUCUCUCCAUCUGUCAUCUGGCCGUUUUAUUUUUUGCAGCAAAAUAAUAAGAAUUGUUGUGUUGCACUGAGAAAAUGUGGUUCGAAAUCCUACCUAGCGCUGCAAUCAUCACCGUGGCACUCUCCGUGCCCAUAUACGCAAUGUACGGUCUGCAGAAGCUGACACUGGGCAACGCCUAUCGUCGGAAUAUGGACGACCGUUUCUCCCGUGUGAUGUAUCAACGCGAUUACCGACUGACUGAUAAUCCAUACAUUAUGAACGGUCUACAUGCUAUUCCAGAUGAGGGCAAAAAAUAAAUCUAACUUAGUUGAAAUUUGAUUAAGCUGAAGUGCAAGAUGUGAAUAAAUCUACAGUACGAAAUUCGAAAAACAUUUUAUCUAUUGUUAGGAUUUGUUUACAGA